AGCUCGGAUUACAGAAGCGGUGCGCCUCCGCCUCGACCUUCACACUGCCGGCACGCGAUUUCGAGGUAUCGAGAAUCGUCAAGCGCACGUACUUUUUUUGGUUGUUCCUGCCUUGCAUUCUGUCGUCCGUUUGCUCUGGGUGUGUGCGUGUGCGGGUGCGCUGUCUUCCGUUUCUUUGCUGUUUUGAUUCGCCGAGACGCGCCUUCUUAUAGAGCGCCUUCUCCCUCCCUCCUCUCGCUCUCUCUCUCCUUUGUGCAAGAAGAAAAGCAUGUUCGCCGGACUCCCACGCGCGUUCCCGGAUGCGGAGUGGCAGAGCGUCGAGGACAUCUUCCGUCGUCGCACCCCUUUCGGGUUCACGCAGGCCAACCCCAUGGCGAGUCCCAACUCAAACCCCGCCGUCGCUGUGGAUACGUGGGUGCAGCAGGAGAUCACGUACUACGAAGCGAACUACACGACCGUGGAGGAGCUGACGGUGUGCGUCACCACGUUCAACGUUGGCUGUAAGAAGCCGAUCCUGCCGCUGUCAAGCCUUGUGGCGCUGACCAGCGGACCACCGGAAGGCCCGUCGCGGCCGACCGAUCUUAUUGUGGUGGCGAUGCAAGAAGUAGAUAUGAGCGCCACCGCGCUCUUCAAGCACGAGACCGAAGCCGCCACGCCGUGGGUGCAGGGACUGAACGCAGCGGUGGGCGCCGACGGCAACGGUGGCUCGUCCUCCACCGCGUACUACGCCUUCCCGCCGAAGCAGCUCGUCGGUCUUCUCCUCUGCGUCUUUCUGCGGCGCCCGCUGCUGCCGGCGGUGUCGGAGUUUGCCAUCUCGACGGUGGCGACGGGCACGCUCGGCUCCAUGGGAAAUAAAGGCGCGGUGGGGCUGCACCUUGUCCUGCACCGCACCUCGAUCUGCGUCAUUGCGGCCCACCUCGCGGCGGGACAGCUGAACGUGAGCAAGCGCAACGAGGACAUCAACACCGUCUUGAAGAGUAUGGACUUCAACGCGGCGCGCCGGGCUGAGGUGCAAAUAAACGCGAGCGCCAACGUCUCCAUCGAUCCGUCGGUGUUUUCCGAGCUGUAUCCGCGUGAUCACGAUUUGGUCAUCGUCGCCGGGGACCUGAACUACCGCCUCACGCUGCCGUACGAGACGGCGGUGCAGUUGGCGAGUGCGAACCGCACGGUGGAGCUGCUGCAGUACGACCAGCUGACGAACGAGCUGAAGAACCCGCACACGCCGUGGCAGAACUUUAUUGCGUUUGCACCGAACCACGCGCCGACGUAUCGCUUUGACAUCGGCACCGACACCUACGACACCAGCGAGAAGCGGCGCAUCCCCAGCUUCACGGAUCGCGUCUGUGUGUGGUCGCGCCGCAAGUCGAUGGAGUCUCGCAUUCACCUGGACGGCCUGGCGGCGCUAAUGGACGUGCGCAGCAGCGAUCACAAGCCCGUGCAAGCGCUGCUGCGGGUGCCGAUCAGCGUCGAGGUACCCUCACAGAAGGCGCAGGUGAUGGCGGCCCUGCGCGAGAAGGUCGCCUCGCUCGGUCUUGCCCAGGCGAUCAGCGCUAAGAUCGCAUUGCACAAUGCGAAGCUGAACUUCCAGGCGCUGAGCUUCCACCAGUGCGGAAUACAGGAGACCGUCACGGUGCAGAACGUCGGGGACUGCGUCGCCGUGGUGCGCGUCGUGCGUCAACGUGACGGCGACCCCUCCGAAGGCUCGUGGCUGCGGGUGACGCCGCAGGAGAUGGCGAUCCUCCCGGGCGAAUCGCAGGAGGUCACCGUCGAGACGGUCAUCGACCCGCGUUGUAUGCUCUGGCUGGCGGCGUGGCGGCCCUACCUGGGCCGUGGCCGCGUUGCGCUCAGCUCCGUGCUGCUCUUUUGCUGCCGCAAUGGUCCGGUGCAGGCGGUGGAGUGUCACGCGGUGCUCAGCCCCAGCGUGUUCGGGAACGGCCUGGACAGCGUGGCUCUCUUGCAGGACGUCCCGUGCAUAGAGGCCUACGCGCAGAAGGCGGACUUCGAGGAGGUGGUGCGCCGAGUGCGGCCGCACGUGCCGAAGGAGCUGUGGUACCUGGCGCACGUCGUUGCACAGCAUCCACGCGAGCCGGGCCUCUUCACCACCUCCAUCGACAAGGAAACGUGUAAUCAGAUUAUGGAGCAGCUGGACAGCAGGAACGCCCCGUUGCCGCCGGACACCGACGUGCACUGCGCCGCGGAGUGCCUGAUGAUUUUCUUGAAGAACUUAAUUGAGCCGGUGGUGCCGUAUAACCUGUACGCCGCCGCCCUCGCCGCCGGCAGGGCAAGAGGCAAAGCUCCGCUCGCGUUUCUGCGACAGCUGCCCACGAUGCACGCCAAUGUGUGGCUCUACGUGUUGUCGCUGCUGAACUACCUUCUGCGGCCCGCCUUCAGCCGCGACAACGAGCUCGACGCGGCCUUCCUUGCCCACGCCUUCAGCCCCAUUCUGAUGGUGCGGCCGAUGGAGGUGCAGGGGUCCCUGCGGGCGAGGCUCCAGCAAGGCGGUGGAGUAGAUCAGCAACUGCGUCAGCAACUGCAGCAGGAGAGCGACGAUGCGUUUUCGUUGGUGGAGUACUUCUUGAGCACCCCGCCGAAUGCGCUAGCUGGCGUGGAGUAG